CAGACAACGGACGCGCGAGGUCGGGCCGAGUCGCCGCCUCCUCCGCGCCGCCGCCAGCGCCGAGCCCGACCCGGACCCCGAGCGCGCGGCGGGACCGAGCCAGAGAGCGAGGUCAUGGCCACCAAGGAGAAGCUGCAGUGUCUGAAGGACUUCCACAAGGACAUCCUGAAGCCGUCGCCGGGGAAGAGCCCGGGCACCCGGCCCGAGGACGAGGCCGACGGGAAGCCCCCGCAGCGGGAGAAGUGGUCCAGCAAGAUCGACUUCGUGCUGUCCGUGGCCGGGGGCUUCGUGGGCCUGGGCAACGUGUGGCGCUUCCCGUACCUCUGCUACAAGAACGGCGGGGGUGCGUUUCUCAUACCGUAUUUUAUCUUCCUGUUUGGGAGCGGCCUGCCUGUGUUUUUCCUGGAGAUCAUCAUCGGCCAGUACACGUCGGAAGGGGGCAUCACCUGCUGGGAGAAAAUCUGCCCCCUGUUCUCCGGCAUCGGCUACGCCUCGAUCGUGAUCGUGUCCCUCCUUAACAUCUACUACAUCGUCAUCCUGGCCUGGGCCAUGUACUACCUGUUCCAGUCCUUCCAGGAGGACCUGCCCUGGGCGCACUGCAACCACAGCUGGAACACGCCCCACUGCCUGGAGGACACCCUGCGCAGGAACAAGAGCACCUGGGCCUCCCUCGGCGCCAGCAACUUCACCUCCCCUGUCAUCGAGUUCUGGGAGCGCAACGUUCUGAGCUUGUCCCCCGGCAUCGACCACCCGGGCGCUCUGAAAUGGGACCUCGCUCUCUGCCUUCUUUUGGUCUGGCUCAUCUGCUUCUUCUGCAUCUGGAAGGGUGUCAGGUCCACGGGGAAGGUCGUGUACUUCACUGCCACCUUCCCGUUCGCCAUGCUGCUGGUGCUGCUGAUCCGCGGGCUGACGCUGCCCGGCGCGGGCGAAGGCAUCAAGUUCUACCUGUACCCCGACAUCACCCGCCUGGAGGACCCGCAGGUGUGGAUCGACGCGGGGACCCAGAUCUUCUUCUCCUACGCCAUCUGCCUGGGGGCCAUGACCUCCCUGGGGAGCUACAACAAGUACAAGUACAACUCGUACAGGGACUGUUUGCUGCUGGGAUGCCUCAACAGCGGUACCAGUUUUGUGUCUGGCUUCGCAAUUUUUUCCAUCCUGGGCUUCAUGGCACAAGAGCAAGGGGUGGACAUUGCAGAAGUGGCCGAGUCAGGGCCCGGCCUGGCCUUCAUCGCGUACCCCAAAGCCGUGACGAUGAUGCCGCUGCCCACGUUCUGGUCCAUCCUUUUCUUCAUCAUGCUGCUGCUGCUCGGGCUGGACAGCCAGUUUGUUGAAGUCGAAGGACAGAUCACGUCCCUGGUGGACCUUUGCCCGUCCUUCCUCAUGAAGGGUUAUCACCGGGAAGUCUUCAUCGCCACCAUGUGCAGCAUCAGCUACCUUCUGGGGCUGCCCAUGGUGACAGAGGGUGGCAUGUAUGUGUUCCAACUCUUUGACUACUAUGCAGCUAGCGGUGUAUGCCUUUUGUGGGUUGCAUUCUUUGAAUGUUUUGUUAUUGCCUGGAUAUACGGCGGCGACAACUUUUACGACAGCAUCGAGGACAUGAUCGGCUACCGGCCCGGGCCCUGGAUGAAGUACAGCUGGGCCGUGAUCACCCCGGUUCUCUGCGUGGGCUGCUUCAUCUUCUCCCUCGUCAAGUACGUGCCCCUCACCUACAACAAGUCCUACGUGUACCCCACCUGGGCCAUCGGGCUGGGCUGGUUCCUGGCCCUGUCCUCCAUGCUGUGCAUCCCCUUGGUCAUCGUCAUCCGCCUCUACCAGACGGAGGGGCCAUUCCUCGUGAGAGUCAAGUACCUGCUGACCCCCAGGGAGCCCAACCGCUGGGCGGUGGAGCGCGAGGGCGCCACCCCGUACGGCUCGCACACCCUGGCCGUGAACGGGCUGCUCAUGAAACCCACGCACAUCGUCGUGGAGACCAUGAUGUGACCUCUCGCUGCUCGUGGGGCCCGGCCGCUUCUCCUGCUGUUUACUAACGUUAGAUUCUCCCAGGACCAGGUUUACAGAGCUUGAAAUUUGCACUAGGAUUUUUUUCUUUUUUUUUUUUUUUUGUGUGUAAUUGUCACAGAAAACUCGGUGACCGUGUGUACGUGCAUAUGUGUGUGCGUAAUCGUGCGCGCGCGUGUGUGUCUUUCGUUUGCAUCUGCGGAUCUUUUGUACAAAAAAAAAAAAAAAAACACACACACAAAAAAAAAACACAAAACAAAACAGACAAAACCCCCCACGGACACGUGAUGUUGUGGGGAAGAGGCGGAGCUUUCGUACUGAAUUAGAUGUAUUUUAUGGAAA